AUGGCGGCGCCCGCGGCUGCGGCUGAGCCCCAAGCCUCCGGGGCUCCCCAGCUCCCCGUGUGUCUCUUGGUGUUGGGAAUGGCGGGAUCCGGGAAAACUACCUUUGUACAGAGGCUCACAGGACACCUCCACAGCAAAGGCUCCCCGCCUUACGUCAUCAAUCUGGACCCAGCAGUGCAUGAAGUCCCCUUUCCCGCCAAUAUUGAUAUCCGUGACACAGUGAAGUAUAAAGAAGUCAUGAAGCAAUAUGGACUUGGGCCAAAUGGUGGCAUAGUGACCUCACUCAAUCUCUUUGCUACCAGAUUUGAUCAGGUGAUGAAAUUUAUCGAGAAGGCCCAGAACACAUUCAAGUAUGUCUUGAUUGACACACCUGGACAGAUUGAAGUUUUCACCUGGUCAGCUUCUGGGACAAUCAUCACCGAGGCCCUGGCAUCCUCAUUUCCCACGGUGGUCAUCUACGUCAUGGACACAUCACGAAGUACCAACCCAGUGACCUUCAUGUCCAAUAUGCUGUAUGCGUGCAGCAUCUUGUAUAAAACCAAGCUGCCUUUCAUUGUGGUCAUGAACAAAACCGACAUCAUUGACCACAGCUUUGCUGUGGAGUGGAUGCAGGAUUUUGAGACUUUCCAAGAUGCCUUGAACCAAGAGACUACCUACGUCAGCAACCUGACUCGUUCCAUGAGCCUGGUGUUAGAUGAGUUUUACAGCUCGCUCAGGGUGGUGGGUGUCUCUGCUGUGGCGGGCACCGGCUUCGAUGAGCUCUGUGUUCAAGUCACCAGUGCUGCAGAAGAGUACGAAAGGGAAUAUCGGCCUGAAUACGAGCGUCUGAAGAAAUCACUGGCGAGUGCCCAGAGUGAUCAGCAGAAGGAGCAGCUGGAGCGUCUUCGGAAGGAUAUGGGCGCCGUAGCCCUGGACACAGGCGCUGGCAAAGACAGCCUGUCUCCUGCCCUGGACCCUUCUGACUUGAUCCUGACGCGAGGAACCUUGGAUGAAGAGGAGGAGGAAGCCGAGAGUGACACUGAUGACAUUGACCACAGAGUUACAGAGGAAAGCCGCGAAGAGCCAGCCUUUCAGAACUUCAUGCAAGAAUCAAUGGCACAACACUGGAAGAGAAACAAAUAGACCAUCCCACUUGUUGCUGGAAGUCGGACAUACUGGGUCUCCACACAGAGAAGCCCUUCCUGUGAGUCGGGGCUGCAGUCAAGAGCAGGAUAGUAGCUCCUUUGAGGGUUCCAGAUUUAGAUGAAGUCGGUGAAGGUGGAGCUGGCAGGUGGGUGCCCGUCCUUGGUUAGCUUCUCCUGGUAUUUAUGCAAGGACUUGUCUUUUCACCGCUCUGGAAGCUGAUAACUGUUUAGCCUGAGACUUGAAGCUGCAUCGUUUGAACUCAAGUCUUUUGCUGCUGAUUGGACAGGGAGAACUUCCAUCUUGGAGACAACUUUGGAUCUUGACUAGGCUGGAUCUGUGGCCUCAGCUCUUUAGCACUGAGCUCUUGACUCUGCACCUCAAGUUGCUGCUCUUUAAGCAGAAUGGGAGGGAGAGUGAGCUUGAACCGAGGGACAGUGCAUUGCCCUUGGCAGCCAGUGCUGAUGUGAGAUGUGCUCGCACGAGGUAACACGCCAUAAAGAAUCCUGUUUGAAUGGUGACUUGGAUAAAGUUUUCAACUUGAACUCUGUGUCAUGAUUUCAAAUUAGAAAUUGUGUGAUCACUAAUAGAUUCAGCACUAUUAGUCACAACCAAGCUUUAAAGGCAGACCUGGUCGGCUGUAAGCUGUAGUUUAAUUUCCCAGGUGCAUUCACCUAACCAGGUCCCCAAAUCUGUCCUGUUUAUAUUGUUCUUAGAGCAAUGUAAAGUAUUGUUUGUGACCGCAGGGUUUGGCUAGGCAUCCACUCAAUAAUACAUAACUAGAAGGGCUUACCUUGGUUCUCAGAGUGUAGUCUGUGGAGCAGAAGGAAGGUCAGCAGCCAGGAGAGUCUUAGCGAUACCUCUCCAAAUCAGCUUCACCAAAUGGGGAGCUCAACAGGCCAUACAGGAAGCCCUGCAGGUGGCCGUGGUGUGCUCUGCUUUCACAGCACUGUCCCAGCUCAGCCCGACUGAGUCCCAGUCCUCACAACCUGCCUUUUCAGACUCGGUGCCUGUUCUCUAGUAUUAUUUUAAAGCAACACAGAGCCGGGCGGUGGUGGCGCACGCCUUUAAUCCCAGCACUUGGGAGGCAGAGGCAGGCGGAUCUCUGUGAGUUCGAGACCAGCCUGGUCUACAAGAGCUAGUUCCAGGACAGGAACCAAAACCACAGAGAAACCC